AUGAAAGUCAGUAAGCAUCCAUUAUAUUUUUUAAGCAUUAAAAUAUCACAAUUAAUAGUUUGUAUAAUAGUACUUAUAUUAGAAACAGUAUCAUUUUCUGCUUGGUCAAAUUAUGUUGAUGAUUUAAAUGAGUCUAGAUUAUACCCACAAAUUCAAAUCACAAAGUCAAUGUACUUUGAAAAACAAACCUUACAAACAGACCAAUCAAUCACAUACAAUGGACAAGUUAAAAUAUGGUACUUUAUUGUAAUUGGAGUAUCAUUAAUUGUAACCGGAGUGGCAAAUUUUGAUCCAUGGUAUUCAGGACCGGGGUUAAGAUGUGAUAUAAUUCGUACAGAGUAUACGAAUCCCUCAAUAAUUAAAUUAGCAGAAUUGGCAGAAUUACAAUGUAAUACGCUUAUAGCAAGCUUGUCGUUUGGAUGGAUAAAUGUAGGGUUACACGUUGUCUCGUUAUUAUUUGCGAGAAAACGAGCAUCAGAGAGAAAUUCAAGAGCUCCAAAACGUAUUUCUCUAAGACCUGCUCAUCGUCCCGUAUUCUUUUAA